ACAAAACAACACAAAUCAUGUCGGUGUUCCUGCACUGUUUAGUUUGAAUGUUUUUUUUAAUUAUAAAAAUUUUGAACUUAUUUGUUAUCAUAAUUUGACUUCUUAUAAUGUCACAAAAGGAUUAAUAUUUACAUUAAGUUGUAAUCCCCAAAAAUAUUUUUAUCUAUAUCAUCAUGAUACUGGAACUUUUAAUAAUUGUAACCGCUGUAAAAAUUUAUUUUAUACCGCUUUACCGCUCAACUGACUUUGAGGUUCACAGAAAUUGGCUUGCAGUUACGAACAAUCUAACCAUCGAUCAGUGGUAUCAUGACACAACAUCAAAGUGGACGCUUGAUUAUCCUCCAUUCUUUGCUUGGCUGGAAUUGGCCCUUUCAUAUAUAGCAAAAAUGUUUGACCCUGCUAUGGUGAAAAUAGAAAAUUUGGAUUAUGCUUCCGAAAUGACGGUUCUGUUCCAAAGAUUGUCUGUGAUUAUUCUGGAUUUUGUAUACAUGUAUGGUGCAUUCAGAUGUGCAAGAUUUAUAUCACGUGGGAAUCUUCUUGUGUUUUUAAUUCUUAUUACCAACCCUGGACUUAUUAUGGUUGAUCACAUACAUUUUCAAUAUAAUGGAUUCUUAUUUGGAGUUUUAUUUUUAUCCAUGGCAAAUUUAUUUGAAAAUAACUGUGUAUAUGCAGCAUUUUGGUUUGCAAUGUUGCUAAAUUUAAAGCACAUAUUCUUGUACAUGGCUCCAGUUUAUGUGGUAUACUUGUUGAGAGCCUACUGCUUCACAGUAUCAUCUAAGGACGGGGUCCAUACACCAUGGUAUUCAUUCUCAGUGGUUAACUUGAUCAAGCUUGCAGCAACAGUUUUAUUUGUCUUUGGUUUAUCUUUUGGACCAUUUAUCAACCAAUUGCCACAGGUUUUUGCAAGACUAUUUCCAUUCAAAAGAGGAUUAUCCCAUGCAUACUGGGCACCAAACUUUUGGGCAUUUUAUAAUUUUGCAGACAAAAUCCUACAACAUUUAUGUCUCAAAUUUGGCAUCCCAGUGGUGACCCAAGAGGCGUCAAUGACGGGUGGCCUGGUGCAAGAAUACCAGCAUGCGGUACUGCCGACAAUAACACCAGCCACAACCUUUGUGCUUACAGCGGUAUCUAUGAUGCCGGCUUUGGUUAAAUUGUGGCAUCUGGGAGCUGAUACAAAAUACAGAAGUCUCAGCUUCGCUAGAUGUUUAACACUGUGUUCAACGUGUGCUUUUAUGUUUGGAUGGCAUGUACACGAGAAGGCUAUACUGAUGAUUUUGAUUCCCCUAAGCUACCUUUCAGUUCUUGGGAAGAUGGACGCCAGGUUCUACACUUUUAUGAGUGUUGUCGGGCAUUACUCGCUCUUUCCUCUACUCUACCCGAAGAAAUUGUUGCAGAUUAAGAUAUUUUUGUUAUUGACUCACUUAUGUAUAGUGUUCUAUUACCUGCCCAUUUUGUAUGAGCCGAAAACUAAAUUAAGCAGAAAAAGUGCAUUUUUACUUGUACCUAGGCUAACUGCUUUGCAGAUUUUGUAUUUGUGCGGGUUAAUUGGUCUGUGUUUUUAUGAAAAUGUACUGCAUAUAUUCCUGGGUCUAGAUAAGACUCUACCGUUUCUUCCACUUAUGAUUACAUCAGUUUAUUGCGCCCUAGGCGUUUUUUACUUUUGGGUAAGCUUUUAUAAAUAUUUUCUAUAUUCUCAGUUAAGCACAGCUCCUAUUUCAUCAAAAAGUACUUGGUUAGAUAAUGAAAUACGUAUUACCAGUGAUAAAAACAAGUAGGACCGUAGUUGCUUUAAACAGUGACAAAACAAGUAAAUCGUACUUUAAAGCUUAUUUUAUUACAUAGUGUUAAACAAAAUCGCUCCCGCUGUUUGUACACUUAUGCCCGUUUUCACUAACGACAGAUAAGUAACGCCUCAUCUAAGGAGAUUCCUUGCCUUUGCCUUGGUUGCCUGGCAGAGAUCGCUA